GUUUUAAGUUUGAAAGUUUGAACAAACAAAAACGCCGAAACUGAGCGAGGCGUCAAAGCGGGUGUUUGGGAAAACAAGAAACUGCCACGUGGAAGCAAAGCACUCGUAAAGAAAGAUUGAAAUCCAAUCCCAUGCAACACACAAGGUAACCGUAGCUUGAAGGUUCAGCUCAAGAAAAAACAAAUUAAAAUUAUUUCGUUGAUUCUGUCAAGAAAUGGAUUCUAAUAAUCUUGCGGAUAUGGAAGAGCCGAGCAUUGACACUGAUAAACUCAGCUAUGAAAUCUUCUCGAUUCUCGAGACAAAGUUCCUUUUCGGUUACAACGAACCUAAGCUCUGUUUACCGAAGCAACUCGCUAGUCCAACAAAUUCCGACCCUGAACGUCUGCUUCGGAGUCAGCGUGGCAAAGUAUGCAUCCUCGCCAUCGACGGUGGCGGAGCCAUGCGUGGAAUCCUCGCCGGCAAAGCUCUGGCUUAUCUAGAGAACGCGCUCAAGAAGAAAUCCGGCAACGUUGACGCCAGAAUAGCCGAUUAUUUCGACGUCGUAGCUGGCUCCGGCGUCGGAGGCAUAUUCGCCGCGAUGCUCUCCGCCACAGAGGAUCAUCAGCGGCCGAUUUUCAACGCUGACGACACGUGGAAACUUCUGGCGGAGCGAGCGAGGAGGUUCUAUCGUCCGAGCUCUUCCGGCGCCCGUAGAUUUUUCCGGCGGAGUUUCACUUCCGGUUCGACCGGACCUGCCACUGCUGGAUUGGAAAAAACUCUAAAGGAAGCGUUUGUUUCGAACGGUCGAAGCCUGACGCUGAAGGACACGCUUAAACCGGUUCUCAUACCGUGCUACGAUUUGUCCAGUACGGCGGCGUUCUUGUUCUCACGCGCUGACGCGCUUGAGAGCGACAGCUUCGACUUUCGGCUCUGGGAGGUUUGCAUGGCCACAUCAGCUGAACCAGGGCGGUUCGAUCCGGUUAAAAUGAGGUCAUUGGACGGUCGGACCGGGUGCCUUGGGGUUGACGGCAGUUUGGCGACGGUGAACCCCACCGGGGCCGCAAUUACGCACGUGAUCCAUAACAAGCAGGAGUUCCCAAUGGUUAGAGGUGUGGAGGACAUAUUGGUGCUGUCUCUCGGAACGGGUCAGGUUUUGGAGCUGAUGGAGUAUGGCUACGACCAGGUCAAGCGUUGGAAGCCCAAGGACUGGGCUCGGCCCAUGGCUCGAAUCGCCGGUGAUGGCUCCGCUGACCUCGUUGACCAGGCUGUCGGCAUGGCUUUCGCUAAUGCUGGCUGCACCUCCAACUAUGUUCGAAUACAGGCAAAUGGAUCAAGUAUUGGACUAAGUGUACCCAACUUGGAUAUAGAUACAAGUUCCGCUAAUGUAAAAAUAUUAACUGAGAUGGCUGAGGAGAUGUUGAAGCAAAAGAAUGUAGAGUCAGUGCUUCUUGGAGGAAAGAGAAUAUCAGAGCAGAGUAAUUCCGAGAAACUUGACUGGUUUGCCGGAGAACUUGUUCUGGAACAUCAGAGGAGAAGCAGCAGAAUAGCUCCCACUGUUGCACUCAAGCAAAUUAACCCAAAGAAUGCCUAGAGUUUAAAACUAUGUUCAGUACCAAGGUGAAGAAAAAGGGGAAAACAUAGGAAGCAAAAACUAGAAAGCAGGAGUAAGGGUAAAAGUAGAAGAAAAUACAAGUUAGGGAGUUGAGUGCUAAAAGAGUGGAAAAUGUCUGUGAAUACUUUGCUCAUCAAGGUACAUAUAGUUGAGGUGCCCACAUCACAUUUCUAAGUCAGAAGUGUAUAGUAUAUUCAUAUGUUGAAGCAUUUUUAGGAUCAAACAUGAAUACGUUGUUUAUACUUCUUCUUUUUUUAUUUGUCAUUUUCAAAAAUCAGAAUAGAGGUCCAUUCCACUUUAGGGCAUAUUUAAUUGAAGGAAACAAAUAGGUGAAAAUUAUCAUGCCUUGAAAUUCAUUUAUGAAUGUUCACC